UCCUGUUUCCAGGCUGUUCCUAAUGUUCAUACGCCUCCGACGACCAUACGUUUCCAAGUGAAUCGUUUAUUUCCCUCUGUGUGGACUUGACCACAGAGCUUUGCAUCAUACUGAGAAUCGUGUAGAUGUGCUUGAAGGCACUGAUCCAUCCUGGAAUCCUCGUCGUCCUGUGAAAUUAUGAUCUGGUAUUAGGAGUAUUACUACAGAUGCCUGCUGAUGGGUUUAAACCCAGACUGAUGGCAGUGAUAUCUAGCCUACAGGAGUUCACCCGUACUGCACCAACUACCCUGCUCGUAGGCACUGAUUUAAGACUGCUGAGCACCCACAAGUGCCAGUCUACACUUCAUCCGUCAUUGAUCUGUGCAUACACACACUCACACACACACACACUCCAGCAGAACCAUAAAUCGGAGCCCCUGACUUGGCCCCUGCUGGCAGCUUAAAUAUUGCACCUAUGUUGAUUCUAGUAUAUAUUUUUUGGUAGUUUUUGCACAUUUUGUUGUAUUUGUAAAGACUGAUUCAGUAGUAAGUAAACAGACGAUUUAUUUGUAAUGUUUUUGCUUUUUUUUUUUACCCCUCAUUACAAAAAUGAAUAAUUUACAGUCAGAAAAGGAAAAAAGGCAUUUAAUGCUUUAUUAAAAAACACAAAAUGUGAAUGUAUAAUGAUAAAUGACAGCAAAGUGCUUCUUUGUAUUUUUGAUGGAAAGUAUGCAUUCCUUCAGAGUACAACUUCAGUUGCAUUCUGUCAUACAUAUUUCAUGCUCCCUUUUUCUCUCUCUUCCUCCUCCUAUUGAAAAGCCAGAGUGUAACUCAUCACACUGACCAUUUAACAGCGCUCUUGUUCCUGCACCACUGCCUCUUGUAAAUCCUUUUAUAACAUGUUUUUGCACUGAUGCCCCAUUACAUGUAACUGGGAAUGUGGUAAAACAACAGCUGACAGUGUGUUUGCCUGUACUACAGACAACUGAGGCUACAGUCACAGUGUGUCAGCUCCAAACCAAGACGGAUUGGAAUCAGACAAUACACUGGUCAAAAUGUGCUUUUUCCAUAAAGGACUGAUACACACACACACACACACACAUUUAUUUUUCAAACUGAUGGAGUGUUUUGUCAAUAAUGUAAUUAAAUGAGGCAACAGUGGUGCCGGGCAACAUAACAAUAAAAUGGACAGCGUGUGGUGACAAGAAACACAAGCUGUGCAUCACGACUCCCAAUUAAAUUUACAGUGAAGUUUACUGAACAUUUUAUGGCGUUUACCUGAGUGAAUGUGUGGCUGUACUUCAGUUUGACUGAGUUUAGGGGCAAGUGCUCUCACAGAAAUGUUAAUGAAUACAUUACACAUUUAAAAAAUAUAAAAAAAUUGCUUGGAUAACUACAAGCAAUGUUUUUGUAAUGAUCAUCCCGUCCAGUCCGACCGUCUUUUCUCAUGUAUAUUACAUCAGUCUGAUGACACGGCCGCUGCCUUUGGCUUUGUUUUAAUGGGAAGAUUUCACCGCAGCAGACGUCCCACAUUAUGACUGCUGUUGUCAGAGCGCUUGUAAACAGAUGUGGUGUGGCAGUGAUUUGGCAGUUCUGUCAUGGAAAAUAAAUUUUGUCAUUUUCUUCCCAUUAGCAUAAUGCUACAAUUAGCAUUGAUGCUGCACAAGCGGCAACAUUCAUCGGCAGCAGUGAAAUAAAAGACAGAUGGUUAGUAUCUUUGGAAAAACUAUGAAUUCAAAGGGGAGCAGUGUUAUUGCCCCCCACCUCCCACCCCUUGUUUUACCAGUGCGUCAAAUUUUGAUGUGACUUUGGAGGUGGGGAUUCUCAGGACAGAUCUAAAGUCUCUGUCAGUUAACGGGGAGCUGUAGCCAGACUUCUUGAUGUCAUCAAGGUUUUUUUUAUAUUUCAGAAGUCUAUGCAUUUUAAUAACUAAGCCCCUGGGGCUGUAUCACACAAAGAAGUCAAACAUCUCAACAUGUCAAUAUCCUUAUUGUCCUGAAAUCUGUGUUUUCUCUAAGAAUUACAACCUGGUGUCAGUGUUGACGGGCCGGUUUAGAGAGCCUAACGUGCUGUGUUUGGCCCACGGUCCGUAGUUUGCUCCGAUGUACUGGUGAGCUGUCCUGGUUGUAUAUUCCUACCGCCCCCCAGUGGCUGCUGGGAUUAGCUCCAUCUCCAUUGCAGGAUUAAGCAGUGGUUCAGUGUAGUUUUAUGGUGGGCAGAUAGCUGAGAAAACACUGUCAGAGUAGAACGACCGAGUCGUGCUGUCACUUCAAGUUAAAGGUGAAAUCUCAGGAGUGUGAAUCUGCCUACACACACACUCCCUCUCUCACACAAUUGUUGAACUUUUUCUGCUGCUGAAUCACAGCAUUGAGAGACUUUUAGACUCUUGAGACGUGAGGCAGGAUCAGGUCCACGACUCUGCUGUAGGAAGUCCCCAGUAUUUUGGACAAAAUUAGAUUUGGCUUCAUAUUCUCAGCUCCUAACAGUCAUCAUACUUGACAGCCUCGUGUUAGUUUUACCUAUGAAUAAGUCGAUGAAGGACGUUUCAAAAUACUGAGGAUCCGUGCACUUGAGUCGACCUUCACCAGCGUCCUCCUAGAUAUAACUAUUGUCUUGGUGAUUCGUACACGUUUUAUUUUAAAGUCUGUUGAAAUGAUGAGAGUGUGGAUGUGACACCAUCUCUGUCACUGCUACACCACGAGUUCCUUUCUCCUCCAGCAGCUCGUCUCACAGUGAGACCUUGUAUAACCUGCUGCUGCUGCAGUCUCUCCUGACGUGUGUGUGUUGAACUGUAAAGAAACAGCUCCCAAACGGUUUCCUCUACUGUAGCCAACACAACUGUCUGUCUGUCUGUCUGUCUUUCCAUCACUUUGGCUUCGUCUCGUGUCAUUUUGACUUUUCCUUUCUGUAAAUCUUUUUUCUUGUGCAAAGUCAUUAAAUUAACUGUCCAUGAACAGGAUGCUGUGCAAACACACUGUUAAAUGCCCAUGGUAUCAAUUAACAUUUGCUGUGUGAUGGAGCAUGUGACCCAUGUUCUCCAGCUCCUCUAUUUUCACCACCCAUUCUUAUGUGUCUCUAAUUUUGUGGCUGGUUUUCAAAUCACCAAUGAGCUCUUAACCUGUCACUGCACCAAAAGCCGCACUGCAGCAGCCUCCUUCUCUCCUUCUGUCUCCCUCCGGCUCCUCAUCUGUCCAAUAUAAAAUCAUCAUCGUCUGAUUAGUUCUCCUUCUCUUGCUCCCCCUGCUGUAUCUGUAUUUUCUCAAUUUUCACUUCCGUCUCCGUCUGCUGGUGUUCUCCGGUGACAUUCCUUCCGUUCUCUCUCUCUCUCUCUCUCUCUCUCUGUCUCUCUGUCUUGCACUGCUUUUUGAGGAUAGCCUAAAGAGUGUGCAUCUCUCACUGUGAGUCACUGCUUCCCUCUAUGUGUGUGUGAGGCAGAAGCAGAGUGGGAGGGGGGGUGUGAAUAAGGUGAAGAGCAUUGCGUCAUCGGGGGUGUGUGGACUGGUAAGUGGGCUGAGCCGGCUUGUCAGUCAGUGACGCCAUUGGAGCACGUGCAUCGGUCAUGGCUGUGAAGAUGCUGCACGGUCGUUAUCUGGCCGUAGGCACAGAGUCCUAGAAACGGCCGGAGCUCACCAAACGGACGGGGAGAGAGUGUGUGUGUGUGUGUGUGUGUGUGUGUGUGUAGGACUGUAUGUACAUAGAUGCUGCAACUGGAGCUGUCGCUGCUGCUGGUGAAUAAUGCAGAUAAGGGGACGGAGUUUGGACAGCAGGCAGGGAGUCAGUCAGAUUAAUAAUGCAUCCUGCUGGUUUACUGCCUGUGUAUCAGUAAGUUCUUUUGGAACCUGUAGCUGUCUACUGUCUGCAUUCCCUUCUUUGACUUAGUGACUCUCCGCCUACCUUACUGCCUGCCUGCCAGCCUUCCCAGCAGACUGGAGGACUGCCUGACACAGUCAGAAAAUGUCUCACUACCAUUUCAUCAAAUGCUGUUGUUUCCAGCUAUGUAACGUCUUUCGUCAGAACAUGGAGAUAGACCAGUGUCUGCUGGACUCUCUCCCCAUUGGUCAGCGGCAGCGGCUGGUCAGGAGGAUGCGUUGUGACCAAGUGAGGGCCUAUUACGAGCGUGAAAAGAGCCUCCAGCGUCAGCAGGGCGGCGUCAAGGUCCGAGGCCCUUCGACCAAGAAGCACCGCGUCCACUUCGACGUCAGUGAUGUCAUACAGGAUGCCAUCAUUCGCCAUGACGACAGAGAAGUGCUGCGUCUCCUGAAAGCGGGAGCCAAUCACAACUGUCUCAUCUCUUCUGGAGGAUCCCUGCUCCACUUGUGUGCUCGUCAUGACAACGUGUUUGUGGCCGAGCUUCUGAUCGAGCGAGGCCUGAAUGUCAACCUGCAGGAUGAAGACCUGUGGACCGCCCUGCAUGUAGCAUCAGCCUGUGACCAUGCAGACGUCGUACUGCUGCUGCUGCUGAACGGAGUGAACGUCAUGCUUCAGGACGUCAAUGGCAACAUCCCACUGGACUACACCUCCGAGGGAACAGAGAGCAACUACGUCCUACGCAAAUACCUGGAGGAAAAUGGUGUCGACGUAUCAUCUCUACAUACUAUGAAGAUGCAGAGAGCCAACACGAUGUUGUCUGAUGUCAGGCAGCUUGUAGCCUCAGGUGUGAGCCUGAGUCAGUCCAACGAUGAUGGGGUCACUCUGCUCCACAUAGCAUGUGCCAGUGGUUACAGAGAAGUGGUGUCCCUGCUGCUGGAGAGUGGAGUGGACCCUCAAGCUGCUGACCACAACUUUUGGACCCCACUUCAUCUGGCUGCCAAAUACGGACAGACCAGCAUCGUCAGCCAGCUCCUGCGCCACGCUGCAAAUCCAACUCUGUUGAACUGCAACCAAGAAAAGCCUUCAGAUAUCGCAGCUUCAGAGCCCAUAGCUGAUAUGCUUCUGAAAGCUGAGGAGAGCUGGACGCAGAGACUGAAAGACCCUUCAACUCCCCUGCCCUCCACAGACCAACGCUAUGACAGUGGAUCACAUGACCUCACCAUGCCUGUGAAACACUUGAACCCCUUGGGUAUUUCCAUCUCUAAGCGGGAUAGUCUGCUUGAGAAGUGUGCCAUGUUCAAAGAUGCUGGAGGAACACUGGCAAGACAUUCCUCCCAGAACAACUUGCUAGACGGUGCCUUCAGCUCAGGAACCGGCAAACUGGAACAGGUGAAGCUGAUGCCUCCGGCGCCUAAUGAUGACUUGGCUUCACUGAGUGAGCUGACUGACAGUAGUCUACUGUAUGAGAUGCAGAAGCGCUUUGGCAAUGACCAGAUCUAUACUUACAUCGGACACAUCCUCCUGCUGGUCAACCCGAAUAAAGAGCUGCCCAUCUAUUCCACAUUGGUGAGUCAGUUGUACCUGAGCUCCACCGGUCGCCUCUGCUCCUCCCUGCCUCCUCACAUCUUCUCCUCGGCGGAGAGAGCUUACCACAUGAUGCUGCAGGAACGAAGGCCACAGUGUUUCAUCCUCAGUGGUGAAAGUGGGUCGGGGAAGACAGUGGCCUGUAACCACAUCGUGAGACACCUGACGGCUCGCUCCAGCCCAAAGAGCUUUGCACUGGAUCCCAGAAUGAAACAUGUGAAUUGUAUUCUGGAGGCCUUUGGUCAUGCCAAAACGCAGAAGAACAACAACUCAAGCCGCUUCAUCAAGCUGUUAGCCAUCACUUACUGUGAUAAGAGGAGGACGCCCCUCAGUGCUCGUGUGUACACCUAUAUGCUGGAGAAGUCCCGUCUGGUCCAGCCUCCUCCUCAGCAGCAUAACUUCAACAUCUUCUACUUGAUGGCUGAAGGUCUGUCACCGGAGGAGAAGAGCUUUCUUUACCUCAACAACGUCCUGGGCCACAGGUACCUCAGUGGAGUAAAUCCAGGGGAAAACCCUCCAGUAGCAAAAGCCUGUACCCAGAGCAGGGAAGGCCUCACAGCAGUCAAACAGUCCCUGCGUGCCCUGGGCUUCAACAAGCAGGAGAUUGAUUCAGUGUUUACGCUGCUCUCCACUGUGCUCCAUAUCGGGGACCUGCGUUUCACUGCGUUGACAGAAGCCGAUACAGCCCUGCCGUCUGAUCUGCAGCUGUUGGACAGAGUGGCCGCGCUGCUGCAGGUGUCCUCCAGUGAUUUAAGCACAGCCCUCACAUCUGAUGUCCAGUACUUCAAAGGUGAUGUCAUCACUCGGCGUCACACAGUUCAAAUGUCAGAACAGUACAGGGACCAACUGGCCAAAGCCAUCUAUGGACGACUCUUCAGCUAUCUGGUCAACAGUAUCAACGACUAUCUUCAGGGACAGGACGACAGCUUUAGUGACCCGUCUCUGGAAAUAGGGAUCUUGGACAUUUUUGGAUUUGAAGAAUUUCAGAAGAAUGGAUAUGAGCAGCUGUGCGUGAACAUGACCAAUGAGCGGCUGAGGCAGUACGUCUCUGAGGUGCUAUUCCAGCAGGAGCAGGCUGAGUGUCUGCAGGAGGGCAUUGCCAUGGAGACCCCACGCUCCCCCAGCAACCAGCCAAUCAUUCUGGACUUCUUUCUUCAGAAGCCACAGGGACUGCUGUGUGUGUUAGAUGAAGAGUGUCAGAGUCUGCGACCUACAGAGCAGACGCUUUACAAGAGGCUGUCGGCUCAGCUGGACUCCAGUCCCACUCACGGUCUCUCUUUCACAACUAAGGACGGCAAUGGAAACCCCCAACCCAAAGAUCAGGGGCCAGCCUUUGUUAUUAGCCACUACGCGGGACAGAUUUCAUAUGACCUCACAGGAUCGCUCUCCAGAAACAAAGACCUCCUUCCACAGAAUCUCCUGUUUACGAUGAAGUCUAGUGAGAGUGUGUUGCUGCAGCAGCUCUUCCAGUCCAAACUGACUCAGACUGGGUCUCUGGUGCCAGCAGCCCAGGGCCCCGUCGGGCUAAGGGGGCCUAAAGCGGCCUUGUUGCUCCACAGGAUGCCAUCAUCCUCCUUCGUCACUGCCAACUCUGCCCUCCAACAACCUCGUCGGUACCAUGACCUAACCAAGAUCUUAAAAAAGAAAGGCUCGAGCUCCUUCCUCCAAAGACUAGAGCGGUGUGGACCAAUAACAGUGGCCGUCCAGUUGAGGAACUCGCUGUCAGAGAUGAUCAGCAAACUGCAAGCAAGCACUCCUCACUUUGUGGAGUGCGUGAGCCCCGAUGCCAGCGGUCAGCCAGACACUUUUGACAGCUUUCAUGUGUCCACCCAGCUCCAGUACAUUGGUGUGCUUGAGAUGGUGCGCAUGAUCCGUUAUGGAUAUCCCGUGCGGCUGUCCUUCCCUGGCUUCCUCAGCAGAUAUAAAGAUCUUGUGGUCUUAACGUUGGAGGACAAGAAAAAAACCUCACCAGAGGAAAGGUGCCGCUCAGUGCUGCAGAAGUCUAAACUUCAGGGAUGGCAGAUGGGCAGCAGUAAAGUAUUCCUGAGAUACUGGCAGGCAGACCAGCUCAACGACCGCUGCUACCAGCUUCAUAAAAAGAUCAUCACCUGUCAGAGAGUGGCACGCGGCUGGUUGGCGAGACACAGGGUCCAUCGCAUGCUGCAAACAGAGGAGUGCAGUGUGCAGCGUUUCCUGCAGGGUGCAGAGGACAUGGGGCUGCAAACCUAUGACCAGUUGGUCAUCCAAAAUGCCUCAGAUAUUGCAAGAGAGAGUGACCGCCUGCGCAGCCAGGGCAGCAACAACUUUCGGACCAACCUGGGCAGCAGCCCUCCGCUGGGUGAGAGGCCUGAGCCAGUGGGGAGAGAAGAAGAUCAGCCCUUCAGGAGGCCUGUGGAGAAAAGUGGGAAAGUCCUCGAGGGCCACGUCAAUGGAGGAAACAGAAUUAUUCGCCACUAUCGCUCCAGUUCAGUACCAAUCCCCAUCGCCAUGGAAACCAUGGCCCAUUCCCCCUGCAGCCCACCCAUCAAACCAGUGUUACAGCAGGUAGCUCAUGCUACCGAAGAUGGAGCAGGCGGAGCAAGUAUGUCCUCCCCUCGGAAGCAGCCUCCUCCCAAACCCAAGCGGGACCCCAACACCCGCCUGAGUGCCUCUUAUGAAGCGGUUAGCGCCGGAUUGACGAUGUCAGCAGCUAAGGAGAGCCCCACUCCAGAAGGCUACGGUUCGCCAGCUGGAAGCCCUCCGAAGUCCCAGCUGUCCCCCACAGAUCCUGCGGCCAAGCCCCGCCCCCAUAGUGAUGAUUACACUGCCAUGAGGAAGGUGCCACCCCCUAAACCUAAGCGCAGUCCCAACACUAAAUUGUCAGGCUCCUACGAAGAGAUCAACGCUGUGGCCCCACAACUCAACCAGCUGCGACCUGCUGAUGUAAAGCUGGCUUUGCUGAGCAGGGCUGGUUUGGGGGGCUUCAAUGGUGGGUUCAUGCAGAAGGCAGCUUCAAUCGAUGCUCCACCAGGGGUAACACUGAGCCUCUACAAGGGUCAUGAUGAAGAAGAUGUCUAUAUAGAGAUGGUGGGCUCCCAGCCACGGACACGGAGCCUCCAGGAGCCGCCUUUCAGUCCAGAAUUUGCCGCAGACUCAGAGUGUGUCUAUGAGGAAAUGAAAUACUUCCCAGCUGAAGAGGGUGUACCUCAAAACUCUGUGGUCACCAGGGCAGCAAAACUGGAGAGUCUAGGCUUGGGCCUGGUGGGAUUAGAGACAACGUUGACAGCAGCAGCUUCUAUUGACUCGCAAAACAUCUCCGCUGGUGGAACUCCAAAAUCUCAGCACAGUAAAGAGGGUGGCUGUGACAUUCCAGCUCCGUUCCCUAACUUGCUCCCCCAUCGCCCUCCUCUCCUGGUGUUCCCUCCAUCUCCUGUUACGUGCUCUCCUGCCUCAGAUGAGUCACCCCUGACUCCUAUAGAAGUCAAAAAACUACCUGUGUUUGAGACAAACCUGAACUACGCCACCGGCCCCGACAGCCCCCUGUCCCCACAGUAUGCCAGGCAGAGGGCCGACUCCACCCCCAGCCUCACAGUCCUCAAUUCAGAGAAGUCUACACCUCCACUUACCCCUCCACUCCCAGUGCCCCCACCCAGUGCUGCACCUCCUCCUUACAGACCUCCUUCACACUUCCCCUUCCCACCUGAGGCAGGCUUUCUGGCUCUGACUCGAACAGCAUCUGUCACGGUGAGCUCAGAAUCUCCCAAAUCCUCUUCACAAAGGACAGGAGGGGAACCCGUGGGGAAGCCACCUCCCUACUCUCCUGUCAAGAUGACUCGGCCAGAGCCUCGCAGAGCGCACUCCUGCUCCUCCUCUCCUCUAUUGUUUAACCCUGCUAAUGGCAGACCCCUGACCAGCCCGCUGGACGAACUCAACACUCUGUUCAGCUCCGGACGCAGCCUGUUGAGGAAGUCCACACCAGGACGAAAGAUGAGAGAUGGAGGAUUCAAUUCCAAUAUCAAUCUACCAGGGAAGGAAGAAGGGGGCUCAGCCCCUACCUCACCAUCUCUGCCACUACAGGAUAAGAACGCCAACAACCACCACUCUCUACACUCCCAAAGUCCUGCCCCUGUAGAGAACGGCAACCAGAUCUCCAACGGGUCGCUCGAAGAUGAGAGUCACAGCAAGCCGAACUCGUCUGGCUCCUCCUCGCUCCACAGACACAUGGACAGCCAUCAUACUCAGGUGUUCCAGCGGUUACGUCUCUCCAAUGGGGAUGUAAACCCCUCCCUUGGAGAGCUUUUGCGCUGGCGGCGAGUGCAGUGUGAUCCACGGGGCAACUGGAAUAACCAUCCACCCCGGUCCCCACCCUUGCCCCCCUCGUUGCUCUGGACCAACAGGAAGGCCUCACCAUGACGGACCCUCUGUGAAGCGGUUACAUGUGCCGGUGAUAAAUAUCAUGCACUUGCUAAUAUAUUUAUUUUAAAAAUGUGGACCAAGUUAACUGACGUGUUGGGAUACGGCUGAAGCUUCUGCCUUGGAGUCUGGGCUGAAGGUUCAGCCACUGGCAGGUGUUUCUUAUAGAAAAAAAAAAGUGACAAGCACACAGUCGGGGUUCACUCGGAGCUAUUUUACUAACGAAAAAAUAUGUACAGAUGAUGUUGCUGUUUAUCUCAGGUCCUAUGAGAUAAAGUGUAUGAUUUCUGCUGUAGGAUUACAGAGGAACAUUAUUUAUAGUUGUCAGAUAUUAACUUUCCAACGUCUGAGUCUGUCGUGAUGCUCUGCUGCACAGGAAGUAUCUCCAUCGCAAAACAUGGUGCUGAUCCAACUCGACAUGACGUCCUGUGAUGUUUCCAUUAGAGUCUCAGACUUGUCUAAAGUUUACACGUCAGCUGACACUGUCACACACCUCCAGUGUUGGCCGUCAGACCACCGGAGCAUGGGCUUUGACACGGGACCUCUCCAGGUGCAAAGUCCUCAGUACUGUCCCAGGGUGCACUUCUCCAUCUCACUGUUACCACCAGCCUCUGAGGAACAAACCCUUCUGGCCAAAUUGCAAAUGAUUGCACUUACUUUACUAUAGGAAGGGGAUCCGACCAAAUAACCUUCUGUAGUUCAACGGAUAGAGCCUAAAUGGCAAAGCUUAAAGGUAGAGUGCGUGGGAAUUUCCUUAAAAAUAAAAUACAGUUAAUUCCUAAAAAGAAAAAGCACAUAAAUUCUGCGGCAGCAGUUAAUUUUGCGUAUGAUGCUGCUGCAACAAAAAGGAUUUGAGCAGCAAACGGAAGAUUUGAUCUCUUUUAAAUCCUUGGAUAAAGGCCAAAGUGAGAAUGUAGGUAUUAAAUUUACAGGUCUGUUGUUUUUAGAACGAAAAAAACCCAAACAUUUGUCCUAAUGUUUUGGGAGGUGUACAGCCCCACCCGAUCAGCGUGGACUGCUCAGUAUUAUAGUUUCCAAGAAAAGUGCAGCAUCUGUCGACAUACGUCUCAAACAUUUUAUAUGGGUAGUAAUUCAAUGUGAUUGUUACAAAAUGACCAGCUUAGAGGUUAGAUUUUACUAGCUUACAUUUAUAUUCAAUUUUUAAACACUAAGAGACAAGGGCAUCCAUGCUGUGUUUGUGGCUCCCCCUGAAGGAAGGUUCAUGAUCUGUGUUUUCCAUCAGAAAAAGAAAAUCCCUGCGGACUCUGCCUGUAAGCUGUAAGGUAUACAGUUCAUGUUGUGAACAUGAACCUCUGUGCCAAAGUGACACGACUUCUGUCUGGGGGAAAAUACAAAUAAUAAUAAAAAUAGGUAUAGCUGUAUAAAGUGAUGUGUACAGUCAUAUAGUCUAAGGAACAGAAUGACCAAAUCCUAACUGUUGUGCAGUUUAAAGAAGAUGAAAAGAAAGCCUAAAAAAUGGGCCAUAAACAGAUAUCAAAGUAGAAAAACAACCGUCACCCUGUGUCCUGGACACGUGAACACCGCCUGAAUCUGCCUGUGUCGGUGUGUUGCUCAGGAGACUGUGCAGAGCUCAGGAACUCGAACACAGAUGAACUCCAUUAUUGUACAGAUUCCCCCUCGCGGUCGGUGAGUCCUCCGCCUCGGUGUCCUCUCUUCACCUCACCACACUUGACCCAAACAAACUGACCCUCCCCUGCUCUGACCCCGCCACCGUCACCUCCAUGAUGGAUUGAACUGGCUCUACGGGUGUUUCCAUAGUAACUGCUAUUUAAAUUGUGACCGGUGGCAUAUGUUGUGGCUUUUACUGCGGCAGAAAAAGUGCAGUGGAAAAAAAUGUGUGGGGAAGAGAGGAAAACAUGAUGGUGAUCUGUAAGAAUGUUAUGGGUUAGAUGCAAUGACCUACGAUGACUAGGGUAAAAGAGAAGAGGUUUAUUUUAAGAAUGUGAAUAGCUUUUUCAGAAUGUUCUAUGGCUAUGAAAUGGUUUAUACUCUAUUUAAUAUUUCUGUUCCGUUGCCUUGAGCCUGCUGGUUUUUUCUUUUUCUUUCGGUGUAAGGUCGGAUGUUUUUAUUGUACAUGGAUGUUUUUUCUCGCACAGUGUUUUUAUGUGGUGCUGCGUUAACUUCCGUGAUGGGCUGGGCGUGUCCCAGACGAGGUGUCCGCUACUUUAAGAUCGGUCCGAAUUGUUAGAACCACGGAGCGUCAAUAUCUCUAAUGGAUUUCUCAUUCCCACUGAUCACCCCACAAUGUUUCUGAUUGAUUCGGCCUCGCAAAUUAGCAGCGCCGUCACCGGAUCAAUCUCUGCUGCUGCUGCUGCAGCAUAAGGUGCACGAUUAUUCAAGAGGAAUUAAGAGUGGUGAUAUGUCACAGCAGGCGGUGGAUCAGCUGGGCUGCAUUUAUGACUGAAUGAGUGGCUGAAUGUCUUCUACUCCCCUGCCUGUGCUAACUGACUUUGCCCCGUGUAUGUUAUGACUGGAACCUUACGCCUGUAUUUUAGGAUUGUACUGGACUGCUUUGCUUAUUAUUAUGACUGUCUUCAAAUGCUAUGUAUGCAGUUUUCCUUCAUAUUACUAGUCAAUAAGCUGAGGACAUCGCUCUCUGUGAUUCAUGCCUAGAUUAACAGCUGCCAUAUUAUUCCCAUGAAGCAAAGCCUGAGCUCAUUCAAGGAUUUAAUCCUGACAUCAAACAGCACAGACAAGAACCCAGAUUGAGCGAGUCAUCCAAACCAGUGAUCUGAGUUUGUCCCUUAAUCUGGAUUUUUGGUAAAUGUCUAAUGCAUGUGGAAUAUUUAAUAAAUGAUGUUCUUUUUAUAGUAAAACAGUUUUUCUCAAAAUGUGAGUUUUUAAGUCGGGGUUGCAGAAAAUAAAAACAGUUCAUCAGUGAGUGGGAAUCUGAUGUUUAGCAUCGGAGUUGGACUGGCAGUGAUUGGCUGGAAGAUAAGACCCUGGACACUGACCUGGAGCCUGUUUGUCACAAAGACAUUAUUUAUUGGACAAAUAUUCUUGCUGCCAGAAUUUAGCUGUGACCGAAAGACUAAAGUUACGUGUGACUCCAUCAUUUGAGAACCACUGUUUUAACUCAUCGAUGGGUUAUGACCUGCAUGACCAGAUGCUGGGUGUAGCCCUUUAACAUCUGCCCAUCUUGACAUGGUUAUCUAGAUCUCCAAUGUGAACAAAGCUCCCAGCUGCACUGUGAACUAGUGUUCUGUUCUAACCACUUCUCAUAAACCUGCACCAGUGCACAUACAUCAGCAGGGUGCCUACCAGUCGUCUUCUUCAGGCAGGAAUCCCCUGUUCUGAGAUCAGCUCUCUGGUGCUACAGCCAGUGCAGUAUAGGCCAUUCUAUCCCCCCCCCCCCCCCCCCCCCACUCCAACCAGGUACAGUCAUACGCAGAGACCUGAUAUUUUAGCACCUGAACAGAGGUAUUUCACUGCCUUUCAUAGUGCUGAUUUUUUAAUUGUUUUGUACAUGACAUACAGUAUGUUUUCAAAUACAUAUGUGUUGGUGAAAAGAAAAAUAAUUAAGUAUGUGAUAUUUCAUAAUCAUGUCCCCAAUGUUUUAUAAGUACUGUACCUGUACAGCAAUAAAGCACAACUGUGUCAACGCC